CGACUCUUCUCCUUCCACCCAGUGGCUCUGAAGAAGAGGAAGCCUGGCCCGGCGGUCUCCCCUCCGUGGUCAUGAUGAACGGUCUCCGCGAAGACUUCCAGAUGCUGAAGAUAAAUUCGGUAGAAAACCUACUGUACAUGACCAGUAUAUUCCAGGCACAGGACCCCCGGGAUCGAAUCUACUCUGUUCUUGGACUUCAAGGUGCCAAUAUCAGUCUUAGCGAUGCCAGAGUGGUCGAACCGGACUACGAGAAGCCGAUGGAGGAUGUCUUUGUCGACGCCGCCAAGGCCUGUAUCAUGCAAUCAUCUUCUCUGACAAUAUGCGGCCUCAAAGACUGCGCAUCUCCCCAAUUGCAGGAGAGCCUUCCGUCCUGGGUGCCUAAUUUCGCCACAACUGCCCUCACCUCUACGACCUCGUUGUGCCGCCCUGUACCACUUCGUCCGUAUAACGCUUGCGGGGACACGUCCCUCGUGGCAGCAUGGCCGUAUGAGGAACGGCAGGACCUGCUUGUUACCUCGUCAUGCAACAUCCAAACCGUCGUCAGUGUUUCCGAUGAUGUACCUUGGGGCCAGGAGGCCUUGACGGGCAUCGUUUUGGAAUGGACUAAAUUAGCGAGCACGGUCGGGCGACAGUAUCCAACGGGUGAGUUUGCGCCUGACGUCUUUGUCCGGACCUGCGUCGUGGACACGUCGGGACCCUUACGCCAGAGUCCGAUGCCACGCGACUACCAUGAUUCAUUGUGUCGGCUGUUCGAACGAUGCUACACUCACUAUGUUGCCCUGAAAUGUGGCGGGCUUGAUACACCAGAUGAUACUGUCCUUCAGGAAUGCACCAAUCCGCUGAUAGCAACCCUCAUUGUGGAUGCAUAUCAGACGGAAAGCCCAGCGAACCGUGAUGAAGCGGAGCCGAGUGGAACCGCUACUGCUGACAACACCGUUGGUGGGACCUCGUCCGGCGGGGCUACUGUCGAUCCUACCGCUGUGGAGGCGUUGUGGCAGGCUUGUAAUAACAGGCGGUUUUUUGUGACAGGCAAUGGCUUCUUCGGUCUCGGGCGUCGGGAUCUUCGGGCAGGGGAUGAGGUUCACAUCCUGGGUGGAACACCUGUGCCUUUUGUAUUAAGACCGUAUGCGGUCAGCGCUGAUGGGUCGGGGGGACCUGAUGAGGACACAAGGACUCCAACAGUAUUGGACGUGAUCGGUGAAGAUGAUAUUAAGUUGUAUAGAAUGGUGGGAGAAUGUUAUAUCCAUGGAUAUAUGCACGGUCAAGUCUCCACAAGGAAUGAUGUGGAAUGGGAAGGGAUUGGGAUUUUCUAACUUCGUCCCGAUCUGAUGACAGGGAUAUCUAGUGAAACAACAUCACGGAGAGAUAUGGACCUGUAGGUGGUUUUGUGUAGGGCACAGUGACAGAAUGUCUGGCAUGGCCAUAUAGUGAAGAUUAUACGAUACAUCCAAUCCAGUCACUCAGCUACGAACCUUGCUGUCCUG